CAAAAUCAAGGUGUGCAAUACCCAGUGUCGGAGUGUCCAUACCCAUGACGGAGUGUCUAGUGUCCGGCACGGGUACUCGAGGCAAUAUGAAGAGUCGGGGUAACGUAGGCGACGAGGCAGUAUGGAGAAUAGCAGUCUUUCUAGCUAAGCAUGAGAAGUGAAUUGGCAAGCCCCAGAAUACUUCAAUAGCUGAACCUGUUAGUGGGGAGGUUACAAUAUGAGGAUGCUUUACACCUCUUGUUUUGGUAUAUAAGUAUAACACUUUAAACAAUGAAGGGUUUUGAGUUGUAACUUGUAACUGCUCUUGCAAUCUGCCAUGCCUGACCAUUCGUGAUGCCUAUUGUUCUGUCGAAGAGCAUAUCCAGAAGUUUUUAUAAGCCUGUUCUUUCUAUAUUCUAGUAUAUAACAAUUCUUCUAUAUCUGCAAAUGAUGCUGAAACUCUAGUACACAAUAAUGGCGAAGAUUGGGCUGCCAAGGCAAGAGAAUGGGCAGCUGCCCAGUCCUCUUCAAAUAAUCAAUUUCCCGAGGCUCAAUAUAUACCGGUUGGCAGUUUAGAAGAAAAUCAGUAUUCAAUGGCUAAACCACAGAAUUCAGAUGGACAGCAUUUUCCAGUUCCUGCUUCAAGCUGUCAGCAAAAUCAACCUUCUACUGCACCGCCUUACCAGUCAUCAGAGGCGUCCUUCAGCUCCGGAUAUGUUCUAGACGGCCAUAUGCCUUUCAAUGGUAGAAAUGGAAGCUUAGUUGGUGAAUCAACUGCUGCUUUUCUUUAUCAAGAAAGUUCUCCUUCAAAUUCAUCAGUUCACCAGCAGGAGGUACCUUCUAGUUAUUCUUCUGUCGCAGGUAAAGAAGAGUUUGCAGAGCAGAAUAAGCAAUCCAACCAGUCACCUUGGUCCUUCAACUCAAAUGCGCAGCAGCAAGCUCAACCUACUGCAGUUCACAGAACAAUUUCUAUGGGGCAGACUCAUUAUGCAUUCAGCCACCAGUCAGAUGAUCGCGCAAGUGAUCCUAGUGAUCAACCGUUAGAUUUUGCCCCCGGGUUUAUUCGUGACCGUGAUCUUGUGCAAUCCGCUUGUUCUCAAAAUUCUGGGGUAUACGUAGGAGGCACAGACAGUCCAGCUAUGGGAUCUAUCCAUUCUUUGAAAGCCACUGCUGCCCCUGGUGUAGCUUAUCCUCCGCUGCACGCACCAGGCCCACAGUUGGAUCCUUCUUUGGCUAUAUCUUCACCUGUUCCAGGACACUCUGGACCACUGUUUGGAAGAAUUACUGGACAAAACCUCCAGCCAGUGGGCCCCUCAGUCAGUGUUCCCUUUUCUGGUUCAGCAGCUUUUCCUGGUAAUCGCUUUGGGGCUUCCGGUGUUUCUGAUCGUCCCAAAAAGCCCUCGGUACCUAACUGGCUAAGAGAAGAACUAAUAAAAAAUAAAGCUGUAAUUCCAACUUCUGCUCCAGAGUUUUCCGUGGACGCUAAAUCAGUGCAAGAGGAAGUGAUCAAUAAAUCAUUUUUGAAAGGAAAUUCAGAGAGCAAAACUAUCGAUUCGUCUAGGUCAGCAGAAGAUGAUGAUGAUGAUGAUGAAGAGGAUGAUGCAGAAAUUGCUAGGACUUCAGCAAUAAAUCAUGAAAUAAAACGUGUUCUGACUGAAGUUCUGUUAAAGGUAACUGAUGAACUUUUUGAUGAAAUUGCAACUAAGGUUCUCAGUGAAGAAGGUAGUUCAAUUCCACGGAAAGUCAACUACAAUGCAUCAACAUCUGCCCCAGAAGUUCCAAUUUCAAAGGCUUCUACAAAGGUUCUAAUUACAGCAAAGCCCAGUGAAAAUGAUUUGGAUGAUACUAGAAAGUCAACGUCGAGUGUUCCUGGAGAUUUGCUAGGACUUGGUAGUUAUGCAUCUGAAGAUGAUGAGGAUGAUGACGUAGAGAAUAUCCAUGUGCCAAAUUCUAGGAGAGACACCAUACAUCGGCCUUCAGCCAUCAAAAUUCGUUCAGACAAUGUAUCUGGGGAUGGGAAUGACCUCUCAGUAGCAAACACUAAGGACACCCAGGAAAACAACUCUGUCUUUAAAAGUCAUUCUGGCAGAGUGUACCCUAAUGGGAACUCAGAUAACUUCAAGCCUGAUGAUGAACCUAGCAAUCAUGGGUCAGGCAAAGAAUCUAUGCAUGUCUCUGUGGGAUCCAAAAAUUCUUCGAAGACAAACAUUUCUGCUGAUAGUCAUGACCUAAAAAAUGGUGCAGAGGUUGUUUAUAAAACUGACAUUUCCAUGUUAAAGGAUAAUAUUGAGAAGGCUGAAAGGAAAACAGAGCCGUUAGUUGAGAGUGUUGGUGCCAAGGGAACAUCAGAUGAUACUAAGGUUGAGGAAGCCAAAAACAAACCAGUUAAAAAUGACAAAUAUGGUAGGAAAGGGAGGUCUUUUGGGAAGGAUAUUGUUAAGGAGAUUAGGGAUGAUAGAGGGUAUGUAGGGGGAUAUGACAGUGAUAGGAGGCAGGAGGAGAGGAAGGUAAAGAAGGAAAGAAUAGAUGAUCGCGAUGGUUUUAAAGAUAAAUUGAAGGUUCAUGAUCGUAAGUAUGCAGAAAAGUCGGUGGAUACCGACAGCAAGAGAAGAUCCAGUCAUCGUGAUAAGAAGGAAACAAAGGAGACAGAAAAAGACAGAAGAACUAAAGAAGGUUAUGAAAGGAUGAAAGAUGGAACCAAAGAUGAGAAGGGAGAAAGAUCAAGAGAUAAGAACUCAAGCAGACACAAGAGACGUCGUUCUUCUUCAGUUGGUAGUAGGGAUAGAGAUAGAAAGAAUCAUGCAAUGGAUAGUCAUACCAAGGAUUCUAGUGAUGACGAGUCUAAACCGGACUCUAGAAGGAAGUCGCAUUCAAGAAAACAAAAAUCUUCCCCAUCGCCUGUCAGAUCUCGACGAAGACAAGUUUCGCGGUCUCCACAUAGCAAGCAUUCUCAGCACAGGCAUUCUCCCUACUCUUCUCUUGAGACAGCCAGGUAUUUUUCAGUGUGUCUUGUUAGAUUAGCUUGCUUUGAUGUUUUUGACACAUCCAUGACUCUAAUAAUCGGGGCCGGUGACACCAUCUGAGGGUAUAUUUCUAGACUUUUGGAAAAUUUUGGGCUAGUAACUGUUGUACUCUUCUUAUUGCAGAAGAAAGAGAUCAAGAUCCAGGUCACCUGCUCGUCGGAAAAGAUGAUUGAAAAGGGCAACAUGAGCCAGUAUGAGGUGCAGUCUGUGGAUCCUGGUGGUGCUUGGUAUUAUGAUCCUCUAUACUAGAAUAUGCUUGAUAGAUUGCUUGGUACCGGAUAUGUGUGACGCUUUUUGAAAUGCAACCCUCCAUACUGAAACUAGUAUGUUUACCCGCUGUGCUGGCAUUGUUUUUAAUAUUUCAGUUGCUUUCUUAAAUUUAAAAAUUAUGUAAAACAAUCUUUUCUUUGGUUUAGAUUUAAGUUUUGGUUUAAUAUA